AUGGGUAAUCCGUUAUUAUAUUCGAGGACCACAGAUCAGCAACAACAAAGUACCCGCCUUGCCGGUAGCCAGUUUGAACAGUUGGCGAUUGUCGACAGUUGCGCUGAGCAUUACCUGCAGCAACAGCAGUCGCAAAACGCGUGCAGUCCUCCGGCUGCGGAUGGAGUCGGUGCACCCAGUAGCGUCGUGAGGAUUAGCAAAAACGGAAAGGUUAUUGGCAGCCUCAAGAUAUCCUCGUUUUCACCAUCGAACUCGCUGCAAGGCAACAGGACGGGCAGUGGGGAAUUUCUUCAGACCCAGAGGCUUGAAGGAUCGGCUGUUGCCCAGUUGGAGGAUGUGGAUACGCCCGAGCAGCAUAUUAACUGCCAGCUAACUCUCGAGACUACGGAGGCGCAAGGCGUAAGCACUGGCCCUGCCACAAAGUUGCCUUACACUCUCAAGAGCCUUAGCCGGCCCCCGGUUGCUCCCGCUUGUUGGGGUCACACGGGGGAGGCCCGUGCGCUUAGUCGAAGCCACGCUCUAGCAGCAGCGGAAGAAGUAGUCGUAGUUGAAGCUGCGUCGGCCAUAGCUUCCGCCACCGCCACAACGCGACAGAAGUUCUCCGAAGACGUUCAAGCUGUCUCCGGUAGCAGCGACGCCGCUCACAACAGCAGCAGUAAUAGCCGCCACCGACGAAAACUGAGCGGCCAAGCGUUGCUUUCAGAGGAGAGUAGUACCUGCUUUCCUUUGAUCUCUUCCGAUGCCGUAAUCGCAAGAGCAGCAACCUCAACGGAUUCCUCUCCGACUGCGCAAGUGCCGAAUCGAGUCAUCAACAAGGCGCAUCCAUCUCAGCAUUCUGAGCACCGCGGUGUAACCGUAAACCGGGUGGGCGAUUGCAGCCGCAACAGCGGCUGCGGGGGCUCACACCCUCCCCUUGAGGAGGACCCCACAUCUCCAAUUCAUUAUAGUACCCGUAGACAACAGCAGAAGCUGCAACGACCGCAGGUCGACAACAGAGAAUCCUUUCUACUUCAUUCGACGGUUACUCCAACUGCUGCGCCAAUUUUAGCAGUCUCUCAGCUGCAGCAGCAACAGCAAAAGAUUCAACGGCAGCACCAGUAUCAGCCUAAACUUCUUCCACUUGGGACAACCACAAUUACUUCUGUCACGACAACGACGGCAAGUUCAACUACGACAGUGGCUGUUGCUGGUAGUACUAUAAAAAGUAGUGGUUCACCGAUUGUUCCUCCACUUCGAGCAUUUUCUGACUUAAUUCCAGCUUCAACUAGCGGCAGCCACAGUUCCGAAUCUUUUGCUUUCUACGUCACUCCGAUAACGUAUGUCUCAUCUUGUCCUUCAACUCCAUGUUCUCCUAUCUCCUGUAAUCCUUCGGCGCUGCAGACGACGACCUGCUUUUCUCUGCUAGCUACUACUCCCUCUACUACUACAAUGAAUACGGUUACGUCAUUUCGUUCUUCUUUAACGACAUCUGUCUCGUCUACAUCAAACAACAAGAGCUGCAAAAACAGAAACAUGGAACGUCAACAUACUAGCAAUAAGCAGGGGCUAUCUGCCGAGCGGAAACGGAGGCCUCCUACCGGAAAAUCUUUCUUAUCUUCUGCUCACGAAACAGCAGCGGCCGAUUCGAUGAGUGUCAGGCGUGCAGUGUCCGUACCCUUAAACGCAGUAGCGACAACGAUAAGAUCGAACUGUGCGAAUAAUGGAAGCAACACUAUCAAGAAUAACCAUAAUAACAAUAACAAUAAUAACGACAAUAACAAUGAGCUACACGGCAAUUUACUAGUGACUGCAUUUAAUGAAAGGGAACGCGAGCAAUGGGACUCCGUCGAAUAUCCUCCAGCAGGUAUCGCUGCCGCUGUCCCGCCGCCGCUCGAUACGACGAGUUGUUUAUCGAAUUUAGGUAGCAAUAUUUUUAAAGCGACGUCAAAGAACAGAAAAAAUAUUCAGCCGAUACAAGGGUUUCGGAGUGAUCGGGUUGGGCCUUCGGCAAUGGGCAUGGUUGGAACGGUGGUCAGCGUCAAUAAGGGCGGUCAAUUCAUUUAG